ACCCCAGCGGCAUUACCUUCUCCGCGGGCGGUGGUGCUCGGCGGGCAGGGGCCAGUGUCGCCCGAGCACCGGACGGGCCGCGGACCCACAGACCCACCCACCGACCCCCGGACAGACUGCCGACCGCGCAAGGAGUAGCCGCCCGUUGUGCCGGCAACUCCCGCAGCUCCCUGGGACCGAGUCCGCAGGGCCGCCGAGGAGCCGAGCGAGGGCUGCGCAGCGAACUGUCGCCGUCGUGACUCUGGACGCAGGAGUGGUUUGCUUUAAAAUGAGAGCUUGAGUUUCCCCGACAGGUGCAUUUGGUCGAAUUCAACGGAAAUUCCCCUCCCCGUCGCAGCGCGGCGGUGCAGACCCGGCCCCCGACCCAGACGGCGGCCAGUGUCCCCAGCAGCAUUUGCUGCUGGGCACGUGCCCAGGAAGCGCAGGGCACCCCCGCCCCCAAAGAGAAGACAGCCCCCAGAGAUUCCGGGCCCCGAAAAUGAUCGGACCCGCGCCUAGCCUGGCAGGAAGACUGUAACCGUGGGAAUUCAGCUACCUACCCAGGCAAUAUGAAGAUUUUCUUUGUAGAACCUGCCAUUUGCCUUAGUGCAUUUGCUAUGACUUUGGCUACCCCACUGACAACCCAGUAUGUGUAUAGGAGAAUAUGGGAAGAAACGAGCAACUACAGUUUUGUAUCUGAUAGCAAUACUUCUGAGUGUGGAAAAAACAAAAGCAGCCCCAUUUUUGCAUUCCAGGAGGAAGUUCAGAAGAAAGUGUCUCUUUUCAAUCUGCAGAUGGACAUAAGUGGGUUAAUUCCUGGUCUGGUGUCUACAUUCAUACUUCUAUCUCAUAGUGAUCAUCGAGGACGAAAAUUCCCUUUGAUUUUGUCUUCUGUUGGUGCUCUUGCAACCAGUAUUUGGCUCUGUUUGCUUUCCUAUUUUGCUUUUCCAUUCCAGCUUUUGAUUGCAUCUACCUUCAUCGGUGCACUUUGUGGCAAUUCCACCACAUUUUUAGGAGCCUGUUUUGCCUACAUAGUUGAUCAAUGUACAGAACAGAAACAAAGAACAAUUCGAAUAGCUAUAAUCGACUUCAUACUUGGACUUGUCACUGGAUUAACAGGACUGUCUUCUGGCUAUUUUAUCAGAGAAUUAGGUUUUGUGUGGUCUUUUUUAAUUAUUGCUAUGGCUCUUACUGUUAAUUUGAUUUAUAUUUCAUUUUUUCUUGGUGAUUCAGUGAAAGAAUCUUCAUCUCAGAAUGUUUCCAUGUCAUGUAGUGAAGGCUUUAAAAACCUGUUGUACCGAACUUCCAUGCUUUUUAAAAAUGCUUCUGGUAAGCGACGGUAUUAUCUCUGUUUGUUACUUUUUACAAUGAUCACUUACUUUUUUGUGAUAGUUGGCGUUUCCCCCAUCUUUAUCCUUUAUGAAUUGGAUUCACCACUCUGCUGGAAUGAAGUUUUUAUAGGUUAUGGAUCAGCUCUGGGUAGCGUCACCUUUUUUAGUAGUUUCCUAGGAAUAUGGCUUUUUUCUUACUGUAUGGAAGACAUUUAUAUGGCCUUCAUUGGAAUCUCUACCACCAUGGCAGGAAUGGUUAUGACUGCUUUUGCCAAAACAACAUUGAUGAUGUUUUUAGUCAGGCUGCCGUUCCUUUUCACUAUUGUGCCACUCUCUGUUCUACGCUCCAUGGUAUCCAAAGUGGUUCGUUCUACUGAACAAGGCACCUUGUUUGCUUGCAUUGCUUUCUUGGAAACACUUGGCGGAGUUGCUGCAGUUUCUACUUUUAAUGGAAUUUAUUCAGCAACCGUUGCUUGGUACCCAGGCUUCACCUUUCUGCUGUCUGCUGUUCUAUUACUAAUUCCAGCCAUCAGUCUAUGUGUGGUCAAGUGCAUCAACUGGAAUGAAGGAAGCUAUGUACUUCUUACACAAGAGGAAUCCAGUGAAGACACUUCAGACAGAUGAUUAAUUGUGAUUAAAAAAAAAACAAAAAAACUGAAAGCACAUAUCAUAUACUCUGACUUCUGAGGAAUGUAAACUAGUUCCAUAAUCAAUAUUUCAUGAAUAAUCAAUGCUACAUGUCCUUUCUUUUAAACUGAACAGUGAGAGAACUAGCUCCUCGCUCUAGCUUCUUACAGUAUCAUGCACUUUGAGCACUUUAUGAAUAUCAUGUGAUACAUUUCCAUAGAUAGAAGAACAAAUCUCAAAACAUUUCCCACUUUUGGAUUUAGGACAGAAACCGAAACUUCACAGUAUAAACAGGGAUUAAGAAACUUGACAAAAUCAAAAGCAAUAAUCCAGUAAUCCAAUAAUCCUAACAUACUCCAGUCUCACUGCAACUAAGGAAGGAGAACUAACUCUAUACCUAAGUUUCUUCAUCUGCAAAAUGGGUUUCUGACCUCUUGAAGAUUUUGAAGGCCUAACUGUUCAAAAUUACGAUGAAUCAUUCACUGAUAGGAAAAUGAUAGAAGUUUCAAAUAUUUCUAGUACAAUAGUACCUCUGCCUGGAUAAUGCUUUGUUUUAUAGAGCCCAUCAAGGUGCUAUUGACAGUGAAAGCUUUUAAUAGAUGCAAAAACCUGAAAAUGGAAUCACUUUAAAUGAUAUAUAUUUUUACUUUUCCUAAUAUAAUUAGAUAGGUAAAACGGGGGAUUGGAAAAAAAAUACCAUAAAAAAUUGUUUAUAAAGAAAUGUAAAAACUGAGUAAGCAGCCAAUCAGGAAGUAAUAUUAUAGAGCCAAUAUUCAUUCCUUAUUUUUAUCAAGGGAUAGCCAUUUCUUACUGCCUUAAACUCAUCCUGAGACCCACCCUGGUCCCUGAAAGCACACUCUUUCAUGCCUCCUGUCUUUCUAUGCACUGUUCCAUUUGCUCUUCUUCCCUCGGGACAAUGAAACUUCAGAGUCUCAGCCAAAACACUGCUUCCUCUGUUUAGUCUUGACAUUUCUUCCCUACUCCUAUACUUCCCCCCACCCCUGCAGGGUGCCCAUAGCACUUUCUUUAUACUUCCAUCCUAGCAUUUUCCAUUGUCUCAUCAUGUUUGUUUUCCCUACUUGACAAUAAGCACCUUGAGGACAGGGACAAUCUUUGAUUCCUCAUUUUAUCCUCAAUAAACAUUUGUUGAACUAAA